AUGAUGGCCGAAGCACAUUCCAAUCAUCAGGAACAACUUUUGAUGGAAUAUGUCAAUACAAAAUAUGGCGCGGUUGAUGAUUUGGUAAAAUAUUGGAUUUAUAUGGAUCUAAAAAAGAAGAGAACCUCUAGUUCUGUUCGGGAGAAUUCUCAAGUAAAUUUUGAGAAUGAUUUGAAAAAGUUGAGUCUUGAUGUCAAGUAUGAGAUUUUGAGCUUUUUACCAACAUAUUCUCGAAGAACUACUUUUGACUCUAGUGUCAACAGCAAAAGAGAAUCAUUCAUCGACCUGGAAUAUAAAAUGGAUGAACCAAUUGUCACGUAUCAUAAAUUAAGGGUUAUUAACAAGGAAAUGAAUCGAAGAAUGAUUAGAAAACUGCUUGCCAUUAAACAUCUACGCAUCUGUAAACCAUUGAAGAAGCAACACUUGGACAAUUUGAGCAAGCUGCUACGCUUACAGAAUUCUCACCAAGACAAUAUCAUUUACAAUCGGCCGAUUGAACUUUUCUACCUAUAUGACCAAUCAACCGAUAACCAAGCCAGUAUUGCCAAUAGCAGUUCAAACAUGGAUUUUACAUUUCAAAGCAUGGACCAACAUCAACCAAUGCUAGUAGGUGGCUGGAAUUUGCAAGCAGUAAAUGGAAACACCGAGAAAUUGAAAGACGAAUCAGGAAAAAUAGAUAUCAUAUUCGCUAAAAUGGAACAAGCAAAUUUGGAAAAGGAAUUAAUUGAAAGAUAUCAAAAACGACACUGCACAAAUGAAGAUAACGGCAAUACUUCAGACUACACACCUGCCAAACAAGAUCUAGUCAGAGACAUUUCAGAAGAAAAAAAUCUUUAUUUCGAAGCAUUUAGAGAACUGGAAGUCUCUAAUUAUGAAACUUAUAGAUCCGAACCUAUUGAACCAAUUGAAAAUAAUAUCAUUGAAAGACUGUCAGUUUUAUUGGAUAGUUAUGAAUCGUGCACACUGUUAAAUGCUUUGGUUGCAUGGUGUAAGAAUUUGAAACAGUUGGACACGGUCAUUACAACAGAUAUAUUGUACAAUCAUUAUCAUUUGACUUUACAUAGCACUUCGCUCGAAUAUAUUCGUUUUGUGACAGAAACAGCAGAAUGUGAUACAAUGUACUGGCCCAGUUUUCUGGCUUCAAUAAUUAAUGAUCAGCUUUUACCAAACCUUCAAAAAUUGAGUUUUGAAGUUCUUUCUCGUGUAGACAUCAGCCCUUUUUUUCAUAAUUUUUCUCACACAGCAAAUGUCAAUAUCAAAAGAAAGAAAGGAGCUGAAACAAUAUUUGUUCAAAACAUCCUCAAUGGAAAUGGAGGUGAUUUGGAUGUAUUAGUUACUCUUGCCUGUGAUUUUACACUAAAAGAUGUCAAAGAACUGGUAGAUAUUUUUGGAGCUGAUAUGCUGUAUCAAUUUCUCAUUAUCAACCGACUCAUUUACAACAAAGAUCAGGAUUUGUUAAAAUCAAAAGCAAUCGCAGAUUACAUUUUUAAAUAUUUAUUAACACCUCUGAAUUUAAAUUCCAUUUUUACAAUGACAAAUCCAAAGUCUACCGCAAUGUUACAAUACUUGAUUUAUAUUGGAGAAGAAUAUCAAGGUGGAAUGUUGAUAGAUGAUUCAAGAUAUACUGAUGUUAAUAUGUCAGACGGUGUUGUGAGCGCUGCCAAGUAUGGCUGGAAUGUCUCCACUCAGAUCAAACAUUUUCUUCCUUUGGCUAUACUUACCACCAAAGCUCCAUCAUUAUUUGUUUCUACCCUCAAAUAUUUUCAUGUAGAUGAAUCAACAAUUGAGUCACUUGUAUUGAAAUGUUGUAUCAAGUCAAAGACCGAAAUUUUGAAUGACUUACUUUUCUAUUUAUUUUCCAAUAAGAGAGAUUUGCUGCAACGUUUACUUGUGAAAAAGGUUAAGAGAACUGCUCCCUCAAGUAAAGAGUUUGUAGUCUCUGUUCCAAUUAUUGCUUUCCUAUUUGACCAUUGCAACAGUUUCUUGCUGGUUAAAAUUAUUGAAAACAUGGAUCAACAAUUAUUUGACUCGAUUGGAGUGAACGAGCGAGGUGAUACAAUUUUACACUUAUUCCUCCAUUUUAAAGGACCUGAUGAUUACAACGUACUGUUUACAUUAAUCAAGAAGUCGCCAAAUCUAGUCAAUUGUUGCAAUUACCAUUUACUAACACCACUUCAUUUGUGUCUCUAUGACUGCCAUUCAUUUGUUUUUGACGAACUCUCCAAGUAUGGAGGUAAUUUCGAAAUGAAAGACUACAUGGAAAGAAGCGCCACACAGGUUGCGAUCGACUCUAGCCAAAAUUCUAGUCGACACUUUGUGAGUGAGUUGAUCAAGCGCAAGAAAUCUCAUCCAUAA